GGACGUGCGGAAAGGAAAGGGCCAUGCAAAGGGGCAAAAUAGGCAGGAUGGUACCAGGUCAGUGAUCUGAAGCCUGAUGAGAUAACAGAUUUCGGGCUAGAAAGGGUGCAGAAGUAGGUUGAGUUCUAGUCAGUGGCGGAGAGGGGAGGGAGGAGAGGAGAAGAAAGCAUUUAAAGGGGCCCGAGGCCCAGAAUAAGGAAAACAUUUAAAGGGACAGGUGACCCAGAGAAGAGACGCUUAAAGGUACAGAUACCCCAGAUAAAUUCCAGACCUGCUCGGCAGACGGCGAUAUCUAAAGUGGUUCCCUUGACUCCCGACUCUGUUCUCAGGCUAUGGCCCCUAGUAUCCUGUAGACCUGGCGGCCCCUCAGUGCUUACGUCCCCUAUUUGGGGUUCUGAGUAGCUACAGGAGAGCCUUACAAAAGAGCAGCGAGGGCAAGACCAUGGCAUCUAGGGCCUCUGAACUUCCUCCGGGACGCAGCGUGACGGCGGGCAUCAUCAUUGUUGGAGAUGAGAUCCUUAAGGGACACACUCAAGAUACCAACACUUACUUUAUAUGCCGGACACUGCGCUCGCUGGGGGUCCAGGUUUGCCGAGUCUCUGUUGUACCUGAUGAGGUAGCCACCAUUGCAGCCGAGGUCACCUCAUUCUCCAGCCGCUUCACUCACGUCCUCACCGCGGGGGGCAUCGGCCCCACUCAUGACGAUGUAACAUUUGAGGCUGUGGCAAAGGCCUUUGGGGAGGAGCUCAGACCACACCCUGAACUCCAAGCAGCCAUCAAAAUCCUAGGAGGGGAGGGUUGGGAGAAACUGUCGAUGGUGCCCUCCUCUGCCCGCCUGCAUUACGGCACAGAUCCUCGCACUGGCCAGCCCUUCAGGUUCCCGCUGGUCUCUGUCCGAAAUGUCUACCUCUUCCCAGGAAUUCCGGAGCUGCUGCGGCGAGCGUUGGAGGGACUGAAAGAACUGUUCCAAAACACAGCUGUGCAAUUCCACGUGAAGGAGUUGUAUGUGGCUGCUUCCGAGGGCUCCAUCGCCCCCAUCCUCACUGAGGCUCAGGCCCACUUUGGGCGUAAGCUUAGCCUGGGCUCCUACCCUGAUUGGGGCAGCAACUACUAUCAGGUGAAGCUGAUUCUAGACUCCAAAGAGAAAGAACCCUUGGAGGAAUGUCUGGCCUAUCUCACUGCACAUCUGCCUCAGGGAUCAUUGGUCCCCUACCUGCCCAAUGCUGUUGAGCAGGCUGGCGAGGCCGUAUACAAACUCGCUCAGUCAGGAUCAUGUCUGGGGAGAAAGGUAGCUAGUGCCCUACAGACCAUUGAGACUGCCCUCGAUCAGUACGACCUCUCCAAGCUCUGUGUGGGCUUCAACGGAGGCAAGGACUGCACCGCCCUCCUCCACCUCUUCCAUGCAGCUGUGCAAAAGAGAUUUCCUGAUGUUCCAAAGCCUCUCCAGAUCCUGUACAUCCGUAGCAUCUCGACUUUCCCUGAGUUGGAACAGUUUCUACAAGACACCAUCAAGAGGUAUAACCUUCAGGUGUUCGAAGCUGAGGGUAACAUGAAGCAAGCCCUGGCUGAGCUUCAGGAAAAACACCCCCAGCUGGAGGCUGUCCUGAUGGGCACCCGACGGACUGACCCCUACUCCUGUAGCCUCCGCCAUUUCAGUCCCACCGACCCUGGCUGGCCUUCAUUCAUGCGCAUCAACCCACUGCUGGAUUGGACCUACAGAGACAUCUGGGAUUUUCUGCGCCAGCUGUUUGUCCCAUACUGUGUCCUGUAUGACCAAGGGUACACAUCACUGGGGAGUCGGGAGAACACAGUGCAGAACCCAGCCCUGAAGUGCCUGAGCCCAGGAGGGCACCCCAUCUACCGCCCAGCGUACCUACUAGAGAACGAAGAUGAGGAAAGGGAUUCCCGCAUGUGAUCUCACACAAACUGGGACAAGACAGGGAAGGGCCUGGCCCGGGGUAUAACCUGUCAUGGCAGUAAAUCGUACCUCCCUGA